AUGAAUGAUACUCUAUGUGGACACUUUGAUUUAUUGGGGAAGUGUUUACCCGAUGAAUUAGGAAACCGCGCAACAGUCGAACUUAGUACUAUUAAAAAUUACAAAAAUUACUGCCCUAGUGAAAACUGCGAUACUGAUCUUGAAAAAAUUACGAUUGGAUUUUUGUGGUUACUUGAACAAUAUUUUACUGAAUACCCAAUUAAAGGUAAUAAUGAAUAUAAUACAGAACCAUUUUUUAUAUAUAUUAUUUUAUGGUUAAGUAACAAAUUAAAGCAAAACAAAGGGCACAAUACCACCACAAUAAACGAUUUUUAUACUAAUCAUGUAAAAAAUAAUAAUAAAUAUAAUAAAUUUAUAAAAGAAGCCUAUACAAUUUCAGGUAUUGAGGAAUUCAUAAAUAAACAAAAAGAUUUGUUUAAUAUUAAUAUUGAAAAUCUGUCUAAAUUUUAUGAUGCAUCUAAAUUAAUAUGUAGUAUGUAUGGUAAUUUUGCAACGAAUAUAAAUAAGGAUUCACUGUUAAAUAAUGCGAAUGAAUUUGUUAUAAAAUAUCAAGAACUUGAUGGAGAUUCUAAUAAUACUAGUGACAGUUCACGUAAACAAAUAUUGUCUGCUUUAUCAACUGAUUAUGGUACUUUAAGAAGUAAACGUAAUGAUAUUACAUUUCUUCCAGAGAUAACAGCAAAAAUUUCUGCACUAAGAUCUGGAUAUACAUUAUCAAGUUCGUCGAUAGGAAACAGAUUAUUUACAGUUUUAUCGAUAUUUGGUGCAAUAGCAUUUUUUUUAGGAAUUUCUUAUAAGUAUUCGUUAUUUGGAUUUCGGAAACGAUUUCAAAAACAAAAAUUAAGAGAAAAAAUAAAAAAUAUAAAGAAGAGAAUGAAUCAUUAA